AUGGCCGCGGAUCUGGCGAGAUGCGGCUGGGGAGGCGCCGUCUUGCUUCUCCUGGCACUCUGCCUGCAGCCGCCGCCCACCCAGUCCCGCAGCCUCUGUUUUGUAACGCUGGUGUACCGGCACGGAGACCGCUCGCCUAUCAAGGCCUAUCCGCGGGACCCCUAUCAAGAAAGUUCCUGGCCCCAGGGAUUCGGGCAGCUCACGCAGGUGGGGAUGCAGCAGCAGUGGGAGCUGGGCCAGGUCCUGCGGCAGCGCUACCGUGACUUCCUCAGUGCCGCGUACCGACGGCAGGAGAUCUUCAUCCGCAGCACAGACUGUGAUCGGACACUGAUGAGUGCAGAGGCCAAUCUGGCAGGCCUGUAUCCCCCAGAGGGACAACAGAUGUUCAACCCUAAUAUCUCCUGGCAGCCUAUCCCUGUGCACACAGUACCUGAGUCUGAGGAAAGGCUACUGAAGUUUCCUUUGACCCCCUGUCCACGGUAUGAACAGCUACAGAAAGAAACACGGCACUCAGCAGAAUACAUAAAUAAGACAAAAGAGAAUUGGCAAUUUCUGCAUAUGGUAGCAAACGAGACUGGGAUCCGGGAUGUCUCUCUUGAAUCUGUUUGGAGUGUGUAUGACACAUUGUUCUGUGAAAAAGCACACAAAAUGGAUUUGCCUGCAUGGGUGACACCAGAUGUCAUGGCUCAAUUGAAGCAACUAAAAGACUUUGGGUUUGAAUUUCUGUUUGGGAUCCACAGUCGGAUAGAAAAAGCUCGUCUGCAAGGCGGGGUCCUGCUGGAUCACAUAAGGAAAAACCUAACAAAAGCAGCAAACGUUUCUGCCCACCAGAACCUGAAACUACUUGUCUAUUCAGCGCAUGACACCACACUUGUGGCACUGCAGAUGGCUCUAGAUGUCUACAACAAGAUUCAACCACCAUAUGCCUCAUGUCAUUUAUUUGAGCUGUACCAAGAGGAUGAUGGAAACUUCUCUGUGGAGAUGUUUUUUCGGAAUGAGAGUGGGAAGGAACCUUUCCCACUGACAAUCCCUGGCUGUCAACAUAAAUGUCCACUGCAAAGAUUUUUGGAACUUACAGAUACUGUUGUUCCCCAGGACUGGGAGCAAGAAUGCCACAUAGCAAGCAACAUACAUGACACAGAAGUAUUUGUGGGUCUGGCCGUGUGUGGAUCCAUUCUCCUUCUCCUUAUAAUCCUCCUUUUGACUGUACUCUUUCGCAUACAAUCUCAGCCUCCCGGGUACCGGCACGUUUCCAAUGAGGGAGAAGAACAGCCCUGACAAUGCCUCAGCUCCUUCCCAGGCAGAAGGAGGGAGUAGUGUUGCCCCUAAGGAUGAUUGAGCACCUUCAGUUACUGAGCAUUCUGCUUUGGCUGUUGUUUCCCAGAAUGAAGCUGGACUUGAUUUUUGGAUGCUUUCUUAAGGUGAUGUGCCAGAGAGAGGACUGAAGUACUCUAAUGGAAAUGACACCUUAAUUCUGAAGCCAGUAUACUCUGUGGUGCCCCUUAGUCCUCAUACACCUUACCUAGUCUGGUGUUCCCAACAUGGCCAGUUGGCAGUGGUCAAGAGUUUUCCUUCUUUCAAGUGACUGUAAAUGUUACCACUCACAAUUGUAGCAAAGGGGCUUGGGCUUCCAGCAGCUGCCACAUGCAGUGCAGUCAGUUGUUGGAUCUCUCUUCAGUGUCAGCCUUCUUUGAGUGCUUUUCUCUCAAGCUGUUAGGCUGAUGAUAGUGAGAAGGCUGGGUUUGGAGCAGAGGGGACAUUUCACCAGCAGUGCACUGAGACUCGUCUACUGCCCAUGCAGAGGGAACUGCUGCAGAUGAUGGCAGACUGUGAAAAGUGUUUCUUGAGAUGGCUGCCAAGUAGUUGCUGCUGGAAACUGGUCUUUUUUUUUCCUUCCUCAUGUAGUUCAGGAGAGGACUGGCCUGGAAUCAGGACAAGAUUGAAAACCUGGCAGUAGUUUCUAGGAUUCAACUCGGAGUAGGUUAUAGAUUAUCCAAAGAAACUAAGAGCUUCAUCAGCAAGAUGAAUUCCUGUGACCACAGCAAACUCAGACCCAAUUUCUUGUGCAACGUUGGCUCUAGAAACGAGAAUUUCUGUAAGAAACUUGGGCCCUAUGUAAAGAUUCAGCCUUUUAAUUUGUCUUGCCCAUCUCUAUCUAUUACAGAGAGUAUCCAGUACUGCAGGCAGUCUAAAUUUCCACUAUUGAGCCCAAGGAGUGUGCUUUACUAGCAGAAUGGUUUUAGGCUGCAAUUAAAAGAGAGGUAGCAGAGCUGUUUACCCAAGACUAGAUUAAAUGCCAUGUUCUGUAGUUUUUCUUCACAUCUUCCCUACUGGAUGGACACCAAACAAAUGAGGAAAAAAAAAAAGCCAAACCAUCAAGGAUCAAGGUUUGCAGGUUACUGGAUGCUUUUAUUUGCC